AACAUGAUAAUUGAUAAAUCAGUAGACUAGUUAAUCAAUUUCAGAAUCCAUACCUAAACUAUAUUUUCAGUUGAUAUUACGAACACAGUUUUUUGAAUGUACAUCAAAGCAAUUUUUUAGGGCUAAAAUACAGUACACAACUAAGCAUAUAAGCCGUGUAUAAUGUUAAAAACGUUUUUUGGAUGCUGCCAUUUGCGAACAGCCGUCAAAUGGAUCGCUAUAAUACAAUUGUUUAUUAUCGUGAUAAAGCUCAUCUUUCAAUUUAAUCUCCGACAAAAUAAUUUUGAUCAGAUAACCUACGACCAAGACUGCGAUGAGCAAUUAUCUAACUAUACAGCACAACCCAGGAUAAUGGAUUUACAAUGUUGGAAUAAUUCCAAAACUUUCCAAAUUAUUAUUAUUCCGAAUGAAAUAUUCAUGGAUUACAUAUACAUAUUGUUGGUAGCGUGGAAUUGCAUGAGCUUCUUUUUGAACUUAAGUCUGAUCCACGCCACCUAUAAAAUAGCGCCACAAAUGGUUUAUGCUUGGUUAACUGUGUAUUACGCCACCUUUGGAAAAAGUGUCGCAAUUCAAGUCAAAUUAAUUUUCAGCAGAACUCUGAAUAAAUACGAUCCUGUGGGAAUCUUAAAUUUGUGCUUGAUUUGCUUCGAAUUGUACGUAGUGCAAUCGUUUUAUCAUCAAGAAAAGCUAGCCUCAAUGAAUACAUUCGUCCAGUUGAAAUGGAAGUACCUACCGAAAAACAAAAUUCCACCAAAGACUGUGCGAAUUGCGGUUUCCAAUACUUCUAUAAUAGAAUCCGAAAACGAUAGUGAAACCUUACAAGACGACACCAAAGAAAUUCCAAUAUUCGUAAGGGCGAUGCAGCAAAAUCCAUGAGUCAAAUAUUGGUGAUAAAAAUACUCUAAAAAAUUGUAUACCUAUAUAAUAUUUGAAUACAUUAAUAGAUGUUGAAUUUAAUGUGCGCCAUAACAUAAUUAAUUAAUUAUAAUAUGCGUGUACUUACUGAAAAAAAAUUAUCAAAAUGUAAUAACAAUUGUUGGGUGAUAAAUCGACCCUUUUAUUAUGUA